CAAGAUGAGAGGACACAGCUAGAGGGCUCGUGACCGGUGGGCAUCGCAGCAAUGCUGUAACACCCAGCCAACGGAGCCGCUGCCGACUGCUGCGCUGUACUACAGUAAACGACGAGCCCGUCAUGACCCACCCGGCCGAACACAAGCUUUGCCAAGCUAGGCAAGAACAUGGAGUUUUGCUGUGGCUGCAUAAAGGGAACAGGGGGUUGUCUUGUGCUUGAUAUUUCGGCGUUUGUCGCCCUCAGCUCUCCCGCCCACGCCGUGGCGGGAACCAACAGACUUUACGAAAGCGGUUCAAUGAGGGCAAAGGAUGAAGGAAUCCCAAGGUCGAACACCAAACGAUCAUGUCAAGGACUAUUUGGGUUUCCGACCCGGCACGUUGUGAUCGCAUUGCUCCACCACUGUUCCGACUUGCAUCUGAGGAGAGAGGCUACGAGGCGCAGUUGCCAAUGGCCACGUUGGACAUAUUUUUGUAUACUCGGAGCCUGCGGUCGGCUUUUGCGUCAUGUGGACAGAGUUUCGUCGGUCGGUCUUCAAGCUGAGGGUACGGUUACGCCACCCCAAAUCUCACAUGUUUGAAUGUGGAGAAAAGAUUUGGUAUAUUGGAAGGAAAAGGACACAUGGCGCCUGAUCCAUUUGAAUGCAGCAGCCCUUUUAUGAU